AUUUUAACUCUGCAGUCCUCAGUGUCUGUUUUUCCUUGUCUUUUAGAGUGAAGACUGGAACUGCUGGAGGGAGGUGCAUAGCUGCAGCUCAAAGAAAAUGAAUGGCACACUGGAUCACCCAGACCAACCGGAUCUAGAUGCUAUCAAAAUGUUUGUGGGUCAGGUCCCACGGAGCUGGUGUGAGAAGGAUCUAAGAGAACUCUUUGAACAGUAUGGUGCUGUCUAUGAAAUCAAUGUCUUGCGGGAUAGGAGUCAAAACCCUCCUCAAAGCAAAGGGUGCUGUUUUGUUACGUUUUAUACCCGUAAAGCUGCACUAGAAGCACAGAAUGCUCUUCACAACAUGAAGAUCCUCCCAGGGAUGCACCAUCCUAUCCAGAUGAAACCAGCUGAUAGUGAAAAAAAUAAUGCAGUAGAAGAUAGGAAAUUGUUUAUUGGAAUGAUAUCCAAGAAGUGCAAUGAAAAUGAUAUCCGAGUGAUGUUCUCCUCCUUUGGACAGAUUGAAGAAUGCAGAAUAUUACGGGGCCCAGAUGGUCUCAGCCGAGGUUGUGCAUUUGUGACUUUUACAACAAGAGCCAUGGCACAAACAGCAAUCAAAGCAAUGCACCAAGCACAAACCAUGGAGGGUUGCUCUUCUCCCAUUGUGGUAAAAUUUGCUGACACACAGAAGGACAAAGAGCAGAAACGAAUUGCUCAGCAACUCCAGCAACAGAUGCAACAGAUCAGUGCUGCCUCUGUAUGGGGAAACCUGGCUGGUCUGAACACACUUGGACCCCAGUACUUAGCACUUUAUUUGCAGCUCCUUCAGCAGACAGCAGCUGCUUCAUCUGGGAACCUGAACACAUUGAGCAGCCUCCACCCAAUGGGAGGCCUGAACGCGAUGCAGUUACAGAACCUGGCUGCUCUCGCAGCUGCAGCGAGCGCGGCGCAGAACACGCCGAGCGGCACCGCUGCGCUCACCUCCUCCAGCAGCCCCCUGAGCGUGCUCACCAGCUCAGCAGGUUCUUCACCUAGCUCCAGUAGCAGCUCUUCUGUUAACCCAAUGGCUUCUCUUGGAGCAUUGCAAACACUGGCAGGGGCUACUGCAGGCCUCAAUGUUAGCUCUCUAGCAGGAAUGGCAGCAUUAAAUGGAGGCCUUGGCAGUAGCGGUCUCUCCAAUGGGACAGGUAGCACAAUGGAAGCCCUCACACAGGCCUAUUCCGGAAUCCAGCAAUACGCUGCCGCCGCGCUGCCCACGCUCUAUAAUCAGAGUCUCUUAACACAGCAGAGUAUUGGUGCAGCAGGAAGUCAAAAAGAAGGUCCAGAGGGAGCCAAUCUGUUCAUCUACCAUCUCCCCCAGGAGUUUGGAGACCAGGAUCUGCUGCAGAUGUUCAUGCCAUUUGGAAAUGUCGUCUCUGCCAAGGUUUUCAUUGACAAGCAGACCAAUUUAAGCAAGUGUUUUGGUUUUGUGAGUUACGACAAUCCCGUCUCUGCACAGGCUGCCAUUCAGUCAAUGAACGGCUUUCAGAUUGGCAUGAAGCGUCUGAAAGUUCAGCUGAAGCGCUCCAAGAACGACAGCAAGCCAUACUGAGCGCCCUCCCCUCCGGGACUGGAGUGAGAAGGAUCUUCUGAUUCCUGCCGUUUGUUCAUCGUUGUGCCUAAAGCAUGUCGAUGUGGCGUUCAAGUACAUCGUCCAAAUCCUUGUCUCUUCAGCUUCUCUGAUGCUUGAACUCUCACCUUUGACCUUGUGUUGACCUUUGAUGCUGAUGUGUAUUUUUAUUAUGUUUGUUUCUUUCUUUGUUUUUUGGGUUUUUUUGGUUUUUUUGUUGUUGUUUUUCUUUUUUUUUGUGCUGCCAAAUUGGUUUUGCUAGAAAGACUGCUGAAGGGGAAUAUUUAAACUUGCAUUUGAAUAUUAAAAAAAAAUUCUAUUUUUCUAGACCUUCGUAAGAUAACCACUUGAUUUUGUGAAUCUGAUUCUUUGUAAUUGUCUUCGGAGCAGCCUUGCUAGCAUACCUUGUGGAGUAUUUGUAUUUCUGUGAACAUACAGCCAAUCACUUUCUAGGCUUAGUUUUUCCUGUGUGCUUAGUUUUAACAAAAAAAAAAAAAAAAACACAGUUUUGAAGAAAAAGUCAAUUAUAUGGUGUGACGCAAUCUUUCAGGAGGCUUCCUAGUCACAUUUUGCUGAUCGGGUUUCUGUGCUUGAGGAGACAGCAUGUAUUUUUAUGAGUUUAAACUCGUGACUUGAGUGGCAUCAGCAGAAAACACUUGAACUACACUUCUGAUUGUAGCUACAUUUUUGCCCUGGCACUUACUGAUUUUUUUUUUCUCCCCCUCUUCCCUGUGUGAUUAUCAGUCUGCAGUGAAAAUUUGAUCAAAGGUGGUGUUGUGUUUUGUUAAGCCCCAGCAUGCUUGUUUUUUCGUAACUACAAUCUCCUCAGCAAAAUGUGAUGGUUUUGUUUUACUCUUUCAGACUAAGAUAGUGCCCAGAAAUGUUUUGCAUGUUUCCUGCUGUUUUCUUCACACCCUCGUAUAUAUCGCCUUCACCUCUGUUUUCUAUAGUUUGUGCAAAAACUGAGCAAUUUAAUGGGUUUCAAAGAUAUCCUUUUAAAUUGGUGUUUUUGGUAUAACAAAUGUCCGAACAGAAGCCACCUGAGGGCAUCUACCUGUGCACUUAGACUGUCUGCCUGACAGAGCACCUGGACCUUGCUCCAUCUCUGGAGGUGCCCGG